AUGGAAGGUGGUGGUGACGGUGGUUAUGGCGGUGGCUUUGCUAAUUAUGCAAAUUAUCAAAACAAUAUUUCUUGGUAUAAGCCUGCGCCUCCGCCAUUGACAGCCAUAGAUAGAUUCCUAUGGGGUCAAACUCCAACUCAAAUCGAUCAAACUAAAAGCCUUCAGAUCAGCGAAGCAAUGAUCACCGCAGAAAAUGUUUCUGGCUUAUCUUGUUUGAGUGGUGGCGUCAACGCUCAAAGUGGAAUAUGUUUCGCACCAUGUUUACCCAUGGUGACAAACGAUGUGUUUACUAACGACAUCGGGGAGUGUCUAACUUGGGAAGAACUGAAAAACUACCCCAAUUAUGAUACAAAGCAUGGAGUUAACCAAGUCGAAGUAGUCAAACCUGUAAAGAUCUCGAGAGAUUCUACAAAGCAAUCAAAAGGUGGCAACACAUCCAAAGUUUUGAUCAAGGGACAAUGGACAGAUGAAGAAGACAGCAAGCUAAUCAGGCUGGUGAACCAAUAUGGAAUAACGAAAUGGGCUGUGAUUGCGGAGAAGAUGACUGGAAGAGCGGGGAAACAGUGUCGUGAGCGCUGGCGCAACCAUUUGAGACCCGAUAUCAAGAAAGACACGUGGAAUGAAGAAGAAGAAAGAAUGUUGAUCGAUGCUCAUCAGAAGGUCGGUAAUAGAUGGGCGGAAAUUGCUAAAAUGAUCCCCGGAAGAACAGAAAAUGCUAUAAAGAAUCAAUGGAAUGCAACAAAAAGAAGGCAGAAUUCUAGCAGAAAAAGCAAGAAAAAUGAUGCUAAAAACAGAAAGUCGCAAUCUUCUCUUUUACAAGAAUACAUUAGAAGCAAAACUACUAAUCCCAAUCUUGCCUCUUCCUCCUCCUCUUCUUCUACCACUACCACCGCCACAACCUCCGGUGCAACCCCUGAAAGUUCCAUCAUUAUCCUCCCUGAGUUAACACAUCCAAACUGCAACGACUCUGAUCCAUCUCUAGAGAUCACUAACUCGUACGAUGAUGAGUUGAGUUUUAUGCAAACCUUCUUCCAUACCACCACCACCAACACAUCUAAUGAGUCUAAAUCUGUGACUACAAAUGAUCGUUUAGGGUUUGCUGGCAAUAUGAGAAGUGGGUUUUGUUCGUCUUCUUCAACUCUUCAUGACGAGAACUCGAUUAUGUACUUGAACAACUUCCCCGAAGAUGAUAUACUUGAAACCCCAAUUGGUGUCUGA